CAUUUCUUAUAAUAGCAAGUUUUCAAUUGUGCAAACAAUUCAUAAGCUUUCAACUUUUCAUUGGCUUUCCUUCAGAAAAAAAGAACACAAAAACAGCGUACAUACAGAGACAAAGUUCAACUUUCCCAAGUGAGUAGUAACUUUGGGAGUAAAAUAUAUGGAGAGAUCAAAGUCAUCCCUUCUACAGAUUCAGCCUCCAACCUAUGGAAACUUAGUCACAAUUCUCAGCAUCGAUGGUGGUGGCAUUAGGGGCAUUAUCCCCGCAACUAUUCUUGCUUUCCUUGAAGCACAACUUCAGGAAUUGGACGGUGAGGAUGCAAGGCUUGCAGACUAUUUUGAUGUGAUUGCAGGAACAAGCACAGGUGGUCUUGUAACCGCCAUGUUAACUGCUCCAAAUGAUCGUCAGCGUCCUUUAUUUGCUGCCAAGGAUAUCAGGCCCUUUUACUUGGAUCACCUUCCAAAGAUUUUCCCACAACGCAGUGGCAUAUGGGGAUGGAUAGAAAAGAUGGUGAGAUCAUUAGGAGGACCAAAAUACGAUGGAAAAUACCUUCGAGAAGUGGUGAGAGAGAAGCUAGGGAAGACACGUUUGCAUGAAACGCUGACCAAUAUUGUGAUUCCCACCUUCGACAUCAAGUCACUGCAGCCAAUCAUUUUCUCCUCGUACCAAAUCAAGAUGUCUCCUUAUUUGGAUGCUCCACUAUCGGACAUAUGCAUCAGCACUUCUGCCGCACCAACUUAUCUUCCAGCCCACAGCUUCAAGAACAAAGGUUCAGAAGGGAACGUGCACGAAUUCAACCUUAUUGAUGGUGGCGUUUGUGCUAAUAAUCCGAGCUUAGUAGCCAUGAACCAGUUAACCAAGCAGAUCAUUAAUGACAAUCCUGACUUCUUCUCCAUCAAGCCAAUGGAAUAUGGUCGUUUCCUGAUAAUCUCUCUGGGCACCGGGACUCCCAAGAAUGAACACAAAUUCAAUGCUAAAAUAGCAGCAAAAUGGGGUCUACUCGAUUGGUUAACUAACAGUGGUUCAUCUCCCUUGAUCGAUGUUUUAACUCACUCCAGUGGAGAUAUGGUUGAUUUCCAUCUUGCUACUGUCACCCAGGCUCUUAAUUCAGAAAAAAAUUACCUUCGUAUACAGGAUGAUACAUUGACUGGUACAGAUGCUUCAACUGAUAUUGCCACGAAAAAAAAUAUGGAAAAACUUAGCCAAAUUGGUGAGAGGUUGUUGAAGAAACCAGUAUCUCAGAUCAAUUUGGAGACUGGUCUGUUUGAACCGUUGGGAGAUGGGGAGACCAACGAAGAUGCUCUCAGAAGGUUAGCGAAAAUGCUUUCAGAAGAGAGAAGUUUCCGAGAAUUGAAAUCCCCUCUCACUAACAAGUCCCUACAAUAGUUAGGCAUUAGUUGUUCACAUGUACUCGAGUUUUCUUUCCUAAAGUUUAGUUUGACAUUCUUCUAAAUAAUAAUUUAGUGCGGCUCA